AUGGAGGAGGACAUUGUUCUCGCCCAGUGGAUUAAGGAGCCAGAGGAUUUGGCCGCGGAGAGAGAAGAGGAGUCUGUGGUGCAGUUCGAGGAGGAGUUGAGGGAGAGAGAAGGGCUUAGGAUCGAGAUUGAAGUGUACAAAGAGAAGUUUUGCGAUUUGGAGGCGGAGAGGGAGAAGCAAAUGGAGUUUCUGCUGAAAAUCGCGGAUUCGAUAAAGGCGGUGAAGGAGAGCUUGGCGAGGAUAAUACAAAGUCCGGAUGAUGAGAAGGUCGUCGAGAGAGAAGAAGACGAAAGCCUAGAUACGGGAGAAGAACUAGACCGAGAAUCGAGAUUGGUGCGGGAAGAAAUAUUGGAGGGCACAAGGCUCGUUUAUAGAGUGGAAUCAAAAGUCAAUGAUUACAAGGAAACUAAGAAGAAGGAGAGGAAGCAUUUGGAGAACAGCGAGGUGAGUUUGACGGAGGAAAACCGCGAUAUCAGUAGCCUGUCGAGGAUUGCUCUCGUCAAGAAGGAGGCUAUGGAGAAGAGCUUGAACAAGUUGAGAGGGGUAAUGAGCAGAAGAGGGUGGCACUGUUGCAAUUUGCUGAACAAGGGUUACAGAGAGUCGGGUUUGGGUUUAUGAUGGAAGUGAGAAUCCCGAGCAACCAAUGGAGAGCUCGGGCGCAUCUAGUACUAGGAGUAAGUCGGAUAGUGGCGACCGCGAGGAGGAAGUCGUUAGUCUGGCUUCAACUGUAGAGAGAAUAAUGAAGAACUUGAGGCAAGAAAUCACUCAGUUGAGGAAAUCUUUAGAGGAAUCAAGGUAAAAU